AUGUCUCUCGCCGCUCUCCUCAUCCCCGUUCUGGCCAGCGGCGUCCAUGUAGCCGCGCAACACAUGACGCUGCCUCUCAUCAACUACGGCGAGGUUGUAAACGCCCUCAACCCUACCGACUCGGGCUACCAGUUCUGCACCGUCGCGGCCUCCUUCGUGUCGGGCUGCAUCGCGGAGGUGGGAGGGUCCGAGGCGCUGUCGACUGCGAAUCCGCUCAAGCUGGCGGCGUGUGCUUGUUGUGUUGGGACGACUGAUGUAGCUCCCGUCUACAGCACUUGCGCCGACUAUCUCAGCUCGGAGGCGCCUCAGCUGGGCUCGCAGAUCUCCGCCUACGACUAUCUCUACACCGUCUGCGGAGGCUCUCCCGAAGUCUGCCGCGGCCAAGCCGGUGCAACGGCCACCGGAGAGCCCCCCAAAACAUCUGCUGCGUCCCAAUCCUCCCGCAUCCAGUCCUUACCUUCCAAGUCAACCCCCUCGCCGGCCUCCACCCCAAGUAGCAGCGUUCCGGCAGAAACAUCGCGCGUGACGGCGGAGGGAUCGACCGUUGAGUCCACCAGGGCUUCUUCCGCAACCGGGGCAUCGGGAAGUGCUGCGUCUCGAACGGCUUCUGGCACGACGAAUACGUCUCCCGUAAUCACGCUCGCUUCUGCGUGUAUCCAGAUGGUGGGCAUUUUCCAGGAGUGUACGAGUGCAACGCCUUCUUUUACGGAUCUGCCGUUCGGAGAGCAGGCUUACUGCUAUUGCUGCCGCACUGCGUUGGAUGGCCAUGUUACGUGGACCGAUGAGAUUGAGACAUAUGCUUCGACAUGUUUAGACUGGGCCGCCACCGCGGGCAAAGGAGAGCCCGAAACCGCCUCCAACGUGGCCAAGACGAUGGCUACGUUCUGUGACCACUUCAGCGACGUCUGCACCAUCUCCUCGACGACGACCGCUCCCUCGAGUUCGACUGCGACGGAUGACAGCUCUUUCCCUCCUCCCGAUGCGACGGGCGACUCGACUGCUUCGGGUGGUCCAGCUACUGUUACUGUGACUCGGGCUGCGACUACGACGACAUCGGGCAAUGCGGCGCCGACUGCUCGUGUUGGCCUGGCGGCCGGUGUGCUUGCGAUAGCCGGCUUUGUUGCGAUGGUGUAA